GGUAUGCAGCAUUUCAUGCAGAACCGCGUGUGAUCAUAUCUUCAAAUGGAGUGGUCUUCCACCUAUACCUUACCAUCCCAUACCAAAUCCUCCAUUUCUUGUCUUUUCUUCGUCAUUCCUCAUACAACUACUUCAUUUCAACCUUAAUGGAACCUUCUUGUCACUUUCCUCUCUUCUCCAUGCCAUUGCCUCCUAUAAACACUUUCCCCUUCUCUCUUCCCAUCACAUCUUUCUCAUCUACAACAACAAAUAUUCAUUCAAUCAUAUUCACCCCUUAAAUAUUCAAUGUCAUUUUCAAAAUUUACAUUGUUGGUUCUUUUAAUCUCAACGAUUACGAUCGCGUCUGCGGGCAAUUUCUAUCAAGACUUUGAUUUAACAUGGGGAGAUGGUCGUUCUAGAAUACUCGAUAAUGGAAACCUUCUUACUUUAUCUCUUGAUAAAUCUUCAGGAUCUGGCUUUCAAUCCAAAAAUAAAUAUCUUUUUGGGAAAAUUGAUAUGCAACUUAAACUUGUUCCUGGGAACUCUGCUGGCACUGUCACAGCCUAUUAUCUAUCAUCAAAAGGACGUAAAUGGGAUGAAAUAGACUUUGAAUUCUUGGGAAAUUUGAGUGGUGAUCCUUAUACACUUCAUACCAAUGUGUUUAGUCACGGAAAAGGCAAUAGAGAGCAACAAUUCCAUCUCUGGUUUGACCCAACUGCGGAUUUUCACACAUAUUCAAUCCUAUGGAACCCACAACAUAUUAUUUUCUCUGUGGAUGGAACACCAAUUAGGGAAUUCAAGAACAUGGAAUCAAAGGGUAUUCCAUUUCCCAAAAAUCAACCAAUGAGAAUCUACUCUAGUCUCUGGAAUGCUGAUGAUUGGGCUACAAGAGGUGGACUUGUUAAGACAGAUUGGUCCAAAGCUCCUUUCACAGCUUCAUAUAGAAACUUCAAUGCUAAUGCAUGCACCGUGUCUCCUUCUGGAACAUCAUCUUGUAGUUCAACACAGUCUAAUAAUAAGGCUUGGUUCUCAGAAGAAUUGGAUUCUACAAGUUAUCAGAGACUCGAGUGGGUUCAGAAGAAUCAUAUGAUCUAUAAUUAUUGCACUGAUAUCAAAAGAUUUCCUCAGGGUCUUCCUAAAGAAUGCAGGAUGGUUUAGGAGUUGAAGAGUUUAGUUUACUGCAACACUUUGUAUUAUAUUGUAUUAUCUUCUUCUUCUUUUUUUAUGUAUAUCUUUCAUACUCGUAUUCUUUAAUUCAUUGUACAGGAAUUUUAUAGAGGUGUUAUGAAUAUU